AUGCCAGAUGCCAUUAACAGCCAUGACAGAAGCUUCCGGAAAUUAGACUCUGAAGUGCUGCAUUCGUCAUUGCUGGAUCUCGCACAUCUCCUGCCUCUGCCCCGCAGGUUCCCGUUCAGCCGCCCGGAGCUGCUGAAGGAAUGGGUUCUGAACAUUGGCCGGGGCAACUUCAAGCCCAAGCAGCACACGGUCAUCUGCUCCGAGCACUUCAGACCUGAGUGCUUCAGUGCUUUUGGAAACCGCAAAAACCUGAAGCAUAAUGCCGUGCCCACGGUGUUUGCCUUUCAGGACCCCACGCAGGUCCUCCCCGAGGCAGGGGCCGGGAAGUACAGCCCAGGGAGAAAUAUGGACGCUGCACUGGAAGAGCUUCAGUUGCCGCCAAAUGCUGAAGGCCCCAUAAAGCAGAUCUUGCUACAGAGCACAGAAGCCACGGAGGCCCCUGGCCGGCUGGCCAGCUCCACAGGGCUGAGAAGUCCCCUCCCUGAGCAGCCAUCUGAUCACAGCUAUGCCCUUUUGGACUUAGAUGCCCUGAAAAAAAAACUCUUCCUGACUCUGAAGGAGAAUGCGAAGCUCCGCAGGCGCUUGAAGGCACAGAGGCUGGCGAUGCGGAGGGUGUCCCGCCGCCUCCGUGCUCAGAGAGGGGCAGCGGGGACUCCAGGCCACACCUCAGCCUGAGCAGCGGAGGCAAAUGUUUAAUGUAGAAGACGGAACCACAGCUUCAAGUUGCGCCUCAUGGUUUACAAUGUGGCUUAAACAGUGAGGAAUAGAGGAUGGGAACGGGGCCUUCGGGGAAGGGGGCACUUCCCUGAUAUUUUGCUCACUCCUAAAAAUGAACACCCCAGUAAAUUAAAAACUACUGUCCUCA